CAUUAUCGCCCCGCGCGGGGGGGUCCCGAGGCAGGAAUGCACCACUGCGGCGCGAGAGGGGCGUGGUUGCCACGGCGACAGGGCCGGGACGCCGAGGCCUAGCACAGGCUCCGGGCCCGCGGCUUCUCCGCGGUUCCCUCGUUCCCCAGCACUCCUGCAGAGCGCCGGGCCCGGGAGUACCGUGCUGGUCCCUUUCCAGCAGCCGGUCCCGGUAGCGCCUUCCCUCCACCCCAGGCUUGGUGGCCGCGUUGUCCCCAGGCCGCGUCCCCCCGCAGCAUGGCGCACCUCCUGGGCCACCGCGGCUGCAUGGAGAGCCUGCGGGCCGACCUGCGCGACCUGCAGGCCGCCAUCGCCGACGUGUGCUCCCGGGCCGGCGCCGUGCGCUUCCCCUCAUGGAAGUUCCCCGACAAGGUGUCCUGCGAGCUGGACAUCCCGCUGCUGCUGCAGCGCUACAGGCACAGCGACAGCGACCCCGAGUUCAGCCAGCACGCACACGUGGUGCUGCUGGAGCUGCUCAUAGACAGGCUGCUGCUGCUGCUGCAGGGCUUCACGGGGUUCGCAGAGACGCUGCUGAGCGGGCGCAGGGUGCCGCCGGCCCGGCCCCUGGGGCCCUGCAUGUCUGCGGGGCUCACGGCCAGGACCUUCUGGAGCACCAUGCUGAGACUCGGCGCCUUCUGCCAGCAGCUCCGGGACGAGGAGAAGGAUUGCAGGUGGGAGAUCCCCACACAGCAAUCCAUUCCACCCUCUGCUCCCCAAGCUGGGAAAUACCAGAAGGAUCACCCAAAAAGCUUCUUGCCAGAUGUUUUGGAGUCAGGAACUGCCCCAGAGGGUGCCCAGCCCACCUCUGUGUGCCUGUGUCCCAGUGUCCAUGUGCUGGGCAGCUCAGGCAGCUCCCAGCCCAGCGCUGGCUCCAGCCGGGCUCGGAGCACCCGCAGUGUCCCCACACAGACCCUGGGGUCACCCCUGGGCUCCUGUGACACCUGCUCCAGCGCCCAGGCCAGCCUCCACGAGGUGGGCAGAGCCAUCACCAGCAUCUGCCAGAGCCAGAACAUCCCUUCAGCUCUCAGCAAAUUCCAGGAGGCGCUGGAGGACAGCGCAGUGAGAAGGAACCUCUCUGCAGCAGACAUGAGCUACUGGGCCACAGAGCAGAGCAAGGACCUCUCCCGGAUCAACAAACACCUCCAGGGGCUGCUGCAGCAGCUGAACCCCGUGAAGGCUGAGCUGGAAAAGAUGGGCAAACAGAAGGAGAAGCUGCAGAAACAGGUGGAGGACUUUUCCAGGAAGCUGCAGGCAGAGAAGCACACCCAAGCAGAGCAGCAGAGCAAGGCUGAGCAGAGCCUGAAAGCCAAGGAAAAGGAGCAUUCCGAGGCUGUGGCCAGGCUGGAGCAGGACAAGGACGACCUCCGGAGAGGAGCUGCUCUGCUGGAGGAGCGACUCUCAGCCCUGAAGGAGGAGCUGGCAGCGAAGCAGGUUGCUGUGCAGGAGCUGGAGCUCUCCAAGACCACCUUGCUGGAGGAGAUGAGGACCACAAUGGUGGCCAGGAGCCAGGUGCUGGAGCUGGAGGAGAAGGUGCAGGUGCUCACAGGCCAGAGGGACAGCCUGGAGCAGAAGCUGAGUGCCAGCAGCGUGCAGCUGGAGAAGGAGAAGGUCCGCGUGGAGAGCAUGUUCCGGCAGCAGGAGUCCCUGCAGGCUAAGCAGAGGGCCCUGCUGCAGCAGCUGGACUGCCUGGACCAGGAGAGGGAGGAGCUGCAGGCCAGCCUGGGAGAGGCCGAGGAGGACAAGGCCCGGCUGGCGGAGCAGCUGGAGCAGAGCCAGGAGCAGAGUGGGAAACAGCUCCAGGCACAGCAGGAGCUGCUGGACACGCUGCAGCAGGAGAAGCUGGCACUGGAGCAAUCCAUCCUGGAGCUGCAGGCAAACACAUCCCGGCUGGAGGAACAGGCACAGGAGCUGAGGGAGCGGGAAAGGCUCCUGGUGUUCUUCCCUGAUCUCCACGUCCCCACUGAGAUGCAGUUUGAGAGCAGUGGGAACUUGACAGAGGACAUGGAGAAUCAGCUUCAGGCCAACAGCAUCCGGAUCCAGGUGCUGCAGCAGGAGAACGUGCAGCUUGAGGCUCUGCUCGCCAAGGUGAAGGCAGCAGCUGAGCAGGGCGUGCUCAAGCUUGUCCCACAGGCCCAGCUGGGGUCUGAGCUCCACGGGGAGGCCAGCAGGCAGAACACUCCUGGGAAGCUCAGCAGUGGAAGCAGCAGGGCCAGCCCAGGGAUGCUGGGAUGCAUUGACAAGGCCUGGCACAGAGCUCCCAGCAGCCAGCACUCCAAGCAGCUCGGGGCAGAGCCCACAUUCCAGGCCAAAGCCUGCCUGACGCUCCCAGUGCGACACCUGGGGCUCGGCCUCCCCUCACAGCACACCAGGGCUCACCACAAAUAAACACACAUCACUCUCAAUUUCCUAACUGAGAAGCUGUGUUCCACCAGCUGCCACCUGCCCUGCCCAGGGGACCUCGUUACUGGUUCUUUGUGCAUCAGGAAGGCAAAUUCCCUCAGGAAACCUGGGCUUUGCUUUGUCCCUUGGGGAGCUGCUCCAGGGACGUUCCUGGGCUCUGGAGCUCAGUUACCCAUGGCUACGCUGCUGCUGGAGUCCCCAGAAGAGCCCUGGGGCUGAUGCCAGGGCACAGCAUGUGCUAGCUCCUGCUAGGAACCAUUCCCAAGAGGAGACUGGGAUGUGGCCACACUUGAAGAGGAAAGCAGAGCUGCCCUUAGCACAGCCACAACCUGGAAAAGUCGCCCCUCCAUGAGCACCCAGAG